UUCUUGUUUUUUUGCUCAAAUUAAAAAGAAAAAAGUAAUUUCACCUAAAUCCGCGUUCUUCGGAAUUCCCAUAGUCGCGUGCCGUCGUUCGUUUCUCUAGUUUCGUCGGUAAACGGUGCAACACGAGCGCGACAAGUUGCAUUUCCGCUUCGAACGGUUUUUAGUGAUAGGUAGUGUGAGAAGAACGGGGGGAAACGUUCGUAGUAAUUACACAUUUACGUAGGUAAUUGCCCAAGGAUACGCCGUAUCUUCAGUGUAGAGUGGCCUGUGUCCGGAGAGCGAGACUAUAGGCAAGGUGCCGGUUUAUUAGCUUCUUGGAACUGAAGAUACAUGUGUCAGAAUUGUGUGGAAUAUACUGCCAGUUAUAUUGGACAUGUUUCUUAUUUCUUGACAAACGGAAUGAUCAAGGAGUAGGAGUAAAUUAAACAGUUUUUAGUGAAAAAGACAGAAUGGCUAGUUUUUGGAAAUAACAGCAGAUAAAAAAGUGAUACUUUUGAAGUGAGCGAAGAACAAAUACGAUUCAUUCAAGCUUGUAUGGUCGUAGUAAGACGAAGAGGGUAUUAAGGUUGGAAAAAUGUCUGUUCCGGUGGCAACGGUGAAACAGGAACGCCACGACGAUGCCGAAAUUAAUGAGUUGGCUGCAAAAAUGAUGGAAGCGCAUAAACAACAAACUGCAAAGGCAGCACUCCAGCAGCAACAGCAAGUAGCUAGGCCUAUAGGCGGCCAAAUACCGGGCGCUGCUGGUAAUGGUCCUGCUGGUCAGACAAACAUUUUGAACUAUUUAACACGGAAACCAGGGCAGUUGUUGCCUCAUUCUAUUGGUGCAACAACUAUAGCCCCUGUCGGAACUGGAACUGCGCAAGCUAAUGGAAACGCAGCAAAGACUGAUGAUGCGAAUGGCGGAGAGAAGAAAGCGUGUGACGAAGAGAGCCAGAAGGGUCAUUUCGGCUGGGAGACAUUUCCCGGUAAAAUCCACAUUCCGUACAUAUUCCGGCAGUCCGAGAGGUACUGCGCUGUGCGUAUGGUAGAGAUGAAGCUGCUAAACAAAUAUCUAAACUAUUUGCAUCAGGAUAUCUACAGCUGCACCUGUGUUCGCUCGUACUAUAUAACCGAGGCCGAAAGCAAGUUGUUCAAUGAAAUCAAUACCAAACAUUGCGACUUCCAGUUUGGAAGGGAAAUGUUCACGCUUAAAGAUUUGGUGGUGCGAUUAUCCGAUGCCUACAAGUUUUAUCAAUUUCUGGAUGUAUGUUAUAAGAAGCUGUUGAUGGGUUGUAGCACACCCAACGAUAAAUGCGGAUUUAUUCGCAUAAACAAAGAAUCUGUAGUUCCUUACACCGUCAGAGACAACCAAAAGAUGGUUCCACUGUUUUACUUCGAGGGAGAGACUGAUAAUCUUAAGUUAAAAGCCGAUUACCUAUCGGGCUGGGAUCUAUCCUAUCUUAAGUUUUGCUGCAAAGUUCAGGGGAUUCGAAAUGAACUAUUCGCGAGUGAUUCGGUGGCAGUCAUUAGUUUGACCGAUAUUAAAGGUUAUUUUCCACCGGGCACUGAAUUCGAAGAUUACUGGCCUAGCAAAGUUGUGGAUUCUCAACUCUUAUCCGGGCCUAAGUCCAAUAACACUGUACAUUGGACGCGACAGCCUGCCCAGCCGCCGCCAAAACAACCAAACAAUAUGCUAAAUACAAUGGCUAAACAGCAGCAACCGCAGGUUCGGAAGACAGCCAAUAAUAUGUACCAGGCGCUGCAGCAGCAGCAGCAAAACUUGCAGAAGAAUAACCCUCAAAUACAAAACAACAUCACGGCAGCGGUUCAGCAGGCACUGACAAAUAACUGGGGUAUGUCGCCGAACCCUAACAACAUACUGUCGGCUGCCCAACAGGAGCAGCUAAUAAGGCUUUCGCAAGCUCAGCAGGCCGCCCAAGCACAGGCGCAAAUUCGCAGCAUGCAAAAUAUGCAUCCCAUGCAAUACAACUCCUACAUGAACCCGACCAUGUCGAUGGCGUCGCGAUCGUCCCAAAACCAGGCUGUCCCUCCGCCACUGGUGCGGUCCUCCGCCCAAUCGCAAGCAGCGCACAUGUCAAGUGGUUCAUCGUCAGUACGCUCCAACAGCAAUAGUAUCAAUCCUCCGAUACCAUACCUUAAUCCUGAGCUGUCCAUAUUCGCUACCAGUCGCAGUCCCAAUGGCACCGUUAAUCUGUCGCACCUGAACCCGUUGCAAAUUAAUCAAUUGACAGCCAAACACGGUCAUGUCACUAUCACACCGGCUAGCAAUAGCAAUAACGACACUGGUGGCGGUUCCAGAAUGGCACCCGUCUACCCCAAGAAUCCUGUUUCAAUAACAGCUGUUCCCGCAGCAUCGCCUUCCCGAGCGUCACCGAAGGGAGCGCAGGCUAAACAGCCGCCUCCUGCGCUAAUUCCAGUUAAUUCCACCGGGCAGAACUAUUUGUCCACUAGCAGUAGUGCACAGCUGCUCAGCCAAGUUGAACGUUUGCGAGAAAAUUUGAUGCUCAAUAAUGUGACUAGCUUGGCCGCAGUCGCCGCAGCGUACGGUGCCAUUGUUCCCAAUCCUACAUCCCUUCCGUCCUGUCCUACCUCUUCUACCUCUCUUUCCAAUCCUGUAGCGAGUAACUCUAUUGUAGACAAUACCAGAUAUAAGAGCGUAAUUACCUCACGAGCAGCAAUGGAUGUAAUCGAUCUAUCUUCCCCUCCAAGGUCAAACAUGGCAGGAGCGGCAGCCGUAGCGGCUCUUUCUCAGCAACAGCAGCAACAACAGCAACAGAAACGAUCGAACGCCGUUGCCGCCAUGACCAAUGGCCGCUCGAAUACGACCAUCACAUCCACCAAUAACUAUCGCUCAACGACAGCGGCCGCGGCGGCGGCGGCGCUGCAACAACAACUGCAGCAGCAACAACAGGCUGCCGUAGUGGCCGCCCAGCAGCAAGCCGCGGCCAUGGGCGACGGUGGCACCCGGCAUGGCAAUGUGAUUAUGCUGCCGGAAAUGACCAUGGGCGGCACGCCGUACAAACCGUACGAGGUCGUUAAGAAACCGAUCGAGAACAAAACGAUCUACUGUAUCAAUAAGACACCGUACCGGAAUACCGACUAUCUGAUGACUAUCCAGGAUUUGAAGGAUGUCUUUUUUCCCUACAUCAGCCUCGACGUCUGCAGAAGGGUACUAAAUGCUCUCGAUAUUAAUCUGUUUAUCGGCAACAGCUUACAGUACCAAGCCUUGCUAGAAGCUGGCCGUUCCAACGUCGAUAAAAUGGCACUGGUACAGGUGGUGGACGUGAUGCAGUUUAUGCCGCAGCUGCAGUACAUGGUGCGGGGUCAGAUAGGUCAAGAGACGCCGGCAAACAAGCGGGCCCGUAUCAGCUAGGA